AUGGGGGGCAAACACAGCCGCCUCCAGCGAGAGCAGAAGCACCAGCUACGGAAGCACAAGAAGGAGCGAAAAACGUUCAAAAGUGGUCCUCCCGGUGUCGAGGAAGUAGUCAAAGAAGCCGCAACAAGGCCUGACAACGUGGGAUCGAAGACACCUGAACAUCGAUCGGUGGUACAGGAGUUACAACGGGGGUUGGCGGGUCCAUCCUCCACCAGCAACAACAUUGCUGACGUGUUAGAGGACGACCAGCAGCAGUUGGUCGUUGGUGUCGAUGCGCCCGUCGCGACAGUGAACGUGACCGAACGUGACGUCGAGCGCGUGGGACGUGCUGUCUGCGACCUGGAAGCGGAGGAUAGCGCAAAAAGCUCCGUUACCAUCACGAUUUGCAUGCUAAAAAUGGAAGCGAAUGGAACACCGGCGACGGUACCGGAGAAUUCCCCAACGGUGGUCACCAAUGAUGACACUGCUGAUGCAGCUGGAACAAUUGAAACACAACCACAAGCGGGUAGUUCACUUUCCCGAUCGCAAACACCGGCACCAAGCUGUGCGUGCUUGGAGAAUGGUAAUUUGAACCCAUCGAAUGCCUCAGCCACUGAUGAAACUGCUCCGGAAGCAAGAGAACCAGUGACAGCGGUGUGUAACUGCCAAACCAACGCACCAGCAGUGAUCAGCAGUAAUGAUCGUGCGAUUGAAAACCGGCUAAACAACAACGAAACCCACACGGCGACACCUACAUCAACAACAUCGUUCAGUACGUCCAGUACUCCAAGUAUGGCGAUGUGGUCUUCCAACUUCCUUACGAUGCCGAAUGGGGGGAACGUGCCAGCAGCUUCAUCGGGCGCUGCUCCAUCGAUGUCGCUUAUGUUUGAUGCACACGAUCCUACCUCCCCGAUUGGGCAUCUGUUGCAUCGGUUGCGCCAUCUGCACCAUCAUCAUCACCAUCACCAUCAUCAUCAUCACCAUCUGAUGCAUUUGCAUCAUCUGCAUCAUCAUCACCGUGCGGCGGGUGUGAUCGGUGACUUGGUACCGCCAGAUUGCGCGAUCGCUGGAGAAGAUUGGAGACAGCAACAGAACCGUCCCCAAUGGGUUACGGGAUCGAGUGGUGGGCUGACAGGAGCAGCAGGAUGUAGUAAUGGAUCUACCGUGAGGUUUACAAACUCGUCAUCAGCAAUGGCCGGUCCGUUGUUGACUGAUAUUGACAUCGAUCUUAAGGAUAAGCUGGAAGGAUUGCAGCUCGGUAGUACAGCGGGACAGCAGAAUAGCAACACAAGCAACAACAAUCUGCUUGAGAUGGGUGGUGGUGAACACCCGAACAGUGUUGGAGAGUGUCCUACAUGUUGUGCAAUGGCAAUGGCGGCUAACGCUCAGGGAACGCUUGGUGCAGGAUUGUUAAACGGAAGCUCUGACGCCGCGGGUUCUUCCAUCUACAACGGAAACGUCGGUGAGGUGGAGGAAAAGAUUCUUAACACCUCUAACCAACCGUCGGAAGUAACGACCAACGGUGGUAAAGGAGCUGACGCGGUUGUUCCGGUGCUGGAGACGUCGCAGGCGAUAGAUAACGGCCCCACGGUCCUUCCAGGAGGUGAUCAGAUUUCAUCGGAGCUGGACAACACAACAGCUGGUUCAUCUUCACCGGAAUCCUCGUCGGCUACUGGAACUACGCCAGCCAGCAUAAGCGCUGGCAAGGACGAUACUACGAAGGACGUCGUGCGGACCGCUGCGGUGGAAGACGAUUCCUCGAAGCACACAACAGCAGCAGCAGCAACUACGGCCAGCAGCAGCAGUGCGGUGGUACCGACGAGUUCAGCAUUUUCCACCAACGACAGUUCACAAACGACCACGGUUCCGACCGGUGGUGUAUCCUCGUCGACGGUUGGAUCAAAAACAACGGCUACCACUGGACCGUCGUGUUGCAAUCGCAAGCAAUCAUCCUCCGCUGCGGCUACGCUUUUCAGUUCCUUAUCACUCGCCGGAAGACGCUCACGUUCAUCGAACGCUCGCACCUCCACUGGCAACUGCUGCACGGAGGCCACAACAUCCUCGGAGCAUCAGCAGCCGCAGCAACAUCAUCAGCGAUCGUUCACCAACUGGAUAUCGGGCGGAGGAGGACAUAAGCAGCAGGGCGCAAAAAGUGGUUCAUCCAAAAAUGGCCGCACGGCUACUGCUCCAGAGGUGAACUCCGCUACCGGAAGUGCCAAAUCGAAGAAACCCAACUGGCGCAUAGCACUGAACUGUUCAAUCUCACUGUCCCGAGCGGCUGGUGCCGCGGUCGGGCACGGUAAAUCAUCCAGCGGACAGUCACGGGCUACUAGUAGCGGAUCGGUAGCCACCGGUGGACAAAAAUCGAAGCCCAAAGCAUUGACGGCACAACAGGCUGCUGCAUUGAGUGGUUGCGGAUCGUCCGCGAACGCAUCGAUACCAGUAGCCAUGAGCAACAGUAUUGCAUCGGGAAGUGGUGGCUCAUCGCUUCGUGGAAGCUCGCUGAUAACGAGUGGCGUAACGGCGAAGCUGCUCAAGGGAGAUUCGGAUAAGGACGAUUCGUGCGUUUGCACGGCGUAUCGGAAGAUGAGCGAGUCACCGCCACCACCGACACCGGCAUCACCCGCGGCACCAACGUCCACAACGACCUCUGCGGCCGGUCCGCGACGAAUGGAAGCCACCGAUUGGCUAGAAGAAGCGAUGCAACGGUCCGGCUUGGUGCCACUAAAUCUCCAUAUGCUGGGUUCGCUUCGGCCAGGCAGCGGCAACAGUGGCUCAUCGCCGAUACCUUUCACUAAUGUGCCAGCGCCAUUGCUAUCGCUCGGUUCGGAAUCCUUGCUACCUGCCUCGAUGCUGCCCGGCGGUGGCCAUCAUCACCACCAUCACGCGGUAACCGCCGCCAUGGUCGCCGAUCCGCAUCAACCGUUCUUCUUCCCCACGGCGGCUGGGGCACCGCAUGGGCCGGCUGGACCGGCCGGAAGUGGGACCCUGUUCGGUGCGCUUCCGAUUGGCCCGAACCAUCACGCAUCCCCGAACGAUGUGAUACUGCUCUCCGACUCACCUGUUCUGUUUGAUCUCACGAGUGACGACUUUUCGGUGGAGGAUUGCGACGAACGGGCUCGGAUCCAGCGAGAGUUGGAAAUCCGCGAGGGUGUAGAUGCACCACCCAACUUCCACCCGCGCCGUCUAAUGUCCGGUGGAACGAUAGCGUCUGGACCUGCAGCUAACCAUCCGAUUGCGUUCUUCUACUCGCGCGACCUAAUGCAGCAAGGGUUGAUAAUGGCGAACAAGCUGAUCCAGCCACUUGAUCCUGGGUGUGCAGGUGCUAUAGCGGGUCGUGCCGGUUUCGGUCGGUUGCGCAUUCACUCACAGGUCGACUUCAUUCACUGCCUGGUGCCGGAUCUGCAGAAGAUCACCAGCUGUAGCUUCUACUGGGGCAAAAUGGAUCGGUAUGAAGCGGAACGGCUGCUUGAGGGUAAACCGGAGGGUACGUUCCUGUUGCGGGACUCGGCCCAGGAGGAGUUUCUGUUUUCCGUGUCCUUCCGCAAGUACGGCCGCUCGUUGCACGCUCGGAUUGAGCAGUUCAAUCACAAGUUCAGCUUCGAUUCUCGUGAUCCCGGUGUGUUUACGGCGUCAACGGUGACGGGACUGUUGGAGCACUAUAAGGACCCAUCCUGCGUGAUGUUCUUCGAGCCGAUGCUGACGUUCCCGCUGAAUCGCAACUUCAGCUUCAGCCUGCAGCAGCUCUGCCGUGCCGCGAUCGUCAGCAACACUACGUAUGACGGUAUCAACGAGCUUUCGCUACCGAAAUCCCUGAAGGCGUACCUCAAAGAGUAUCACUAUCGCCAGCGAGUUCGUUUCCGCCCGAUGGACGAGCACUUAUACUCCAACGCGUAGCUGCUCGACGACGAUGACGACGAUCGUGAGAUAAUGGACGAUGGCGACAAUGACGAGGGUUAUCAUGAUGAUGAAGAUGACAAUGGUGAUCACAGUGACGAUGAGAGAAUAACCAACAAGCGUGGAAGAAGAGCGCGAUUGCGAACCUACAACAAUGCCAUAGGUUGCUUACCGAACAUCGAUACGACGAUUGGAAGUUUUCGUCGUCAUUUCUACUGCCAGCUUCAUGCAGCUCCAAACGUACAAUCUACCACGACACAACGGCAAACGGGUAAUCCAUGUGCCUGUUUCGGUCAGUCUAAAGUAGCCAAAAAGCAUCGGCGAUCUUUGCGCUCCCGGUGGCAGAAACGUUUCCAGUGCAAAAACAAUGCGUUCGAUGGUAAUUCGCAACAAUCAGCAGCAGUGUCAUCGUGGUUGUCCUCGUCGUCCCGUUGGACGGUCGUAGUAAAGC